CUGUCAUUUGCGGCUGUUCCCAUCUGCUCAGGGGCACUGCCUGCUCAGUCCUCGCUGCAGAGGGAUCUCCAGACACUCUGCCCUGGUCCUUCCCAUUUUCUUGAGCAAGUGGCUUUCCAACCGAAGCUUCAUGUGGGAGGCUUCAUGUUGGCAUCCAGGGUACAUGUCCCAAAUAUGUCCAGCCCCACCUUCUGAUCCUAGUGCAGAGGAGCUGCGGACAGAUGACAGUAGCUAUCCUCCUUCAAUACUGAGGAAAAGGCCACCUGUGGACCAAGCUGUGGGGGAAAAGAGGAAAGCAGAGAGAAGGGUUCGAUUUCGUGAGCCAGAAGAAGUCAUUGAACAUGCCAUUUCCUGCUGUGACUACAUGGUGGAUGACAGGUCAUCAUCUGGAUUGCCCGUGCUCUUAUGGCUCUCAUUUUGUGCAGUGCUGGUCCUUGCUGUGAGUCUCUACUACACCAGCAUGAAGCAAGAUGUCAAAGUCCUGGAGGAAUUUCAAUCUCGACUUGUUAUCUUCUUUCUUCAGAUAAGGCACGUUGCUCAGAAAUGCUGGACUUGGUUUAUGAGGCAGUAGCAAUGUCCUCUGGCCUGACAGAUAUCUCAGAGCACUGCUAACCACCAUGUGGCAGUGCAAACCUCCCCGUCUCUUCCAGCCACAUGCGGGGAACACAUGAGCAUCCACCUUGAAGAGCAAGAAAACCACCCCUGUUGUGCACUGUCCGGCAGCUACUUGUUUCCCUUGGUUUUUUCUUUUUUUUUUUUUUUUUUUUUUUUUCCCCACAUUAUCAAACCAUGUUUCUCCUCAAGCCUCCUAAGAGCUAUUCUGCAAAAGUUAAAAUAAAGCUGAGCUAUUGCACAAACACUGCUCUGGUGGCCAAAGGCUUGGCAAGCUGCUAUAUUUAUACACCUGAAAUGAUUAUUAGUAAAAUCUUGGCAAAUGGC